AUGUCUUUGGCAUCGAAUGAAAUUCCAUCUUAUGAUAGCCUAAUAAAGUUCGUUCAAAAGCAAUCGAAAGUUUUGAGUAGAACCUCUACUCAUGCCAGUAGUUCGACCCAGUCAAAAUCGCCUGGGGCGAAACCUAAAGGUUCAUAUUCUUAUGCCAGCGCUAGUUCUGUUUCAGAUAAAAUCGUACAUUAUCCUUGUCCUGUCUGCGGAGAAAAUAGCCCUUUGAUAACCAAAUGUCAUCGAUUUUUGAAGCUUUCGCCAAACGAAAGAUAUCAGUUGACGAGAGAAAAAAUCUUAUGUUUAAAUUGUUUGAGUAGCAAACAUAAAAUAAGUCAAUGUAAAUCCUUGAAUUCUUGUAGUGUUUGCAUAAAUAGACAUCAUUCUCUUUUACAUUUCAACAAAGAAACUCCAAAAGAAGUAAAACCUAUUGUUAAUAGUACUGCAGAAAGUAAUAUUUCUCAAAGUGGUGUUAGUUUGAUGGUAGCUGAUAGUAUUGAUCGCAAAAUGGAUAUUUCGCAUAAUUAUGAUAGAAUCACUUUAUUACCUACAGCUGAGGUAAUGAUUAAAGUAGAUGAUAAAUUAGAAAAAAUUCGAGUUCUUUUAGAUAGUGGUAGCCAGGAUAAUUUUCUCUCAACUGAAUGCUGCAAGCAUUUGAAAAUUCCGUUCUCAAAAAGAGAUAUUAAGGUGACUGGAAUAGGAAAUAUUAGUACACCUAUAAGGGGUAUAGCUCCAGACCUAACAAUAUUCUCACGCUUCAAUGAAAGAUUCCAAAUAACAUUGGACGCAUUAGUUAUAGAUAAUCUUACCUCAAAAUUACCCUCAUAUGAUAUACCAUUGGAAGAUUUAAGUUUCAUUGACAAUUUGCGCCUGGCGGAUAGUAAAUUUAGCUAUUCUGAGAAAAUUGAUGGUAUUCUGGGUGCAGCAAUUUUCGUUGGAAUUUUGAAGGGGGAUAAAAUAAUUGACCGAUCAGAUAGCUUAUUCGCUCUUAACACUUCCUUCGGUUAUGUUAUUAGUGGAAAAUUUUCUUCAUGUAACAAAACCAACUCGCCGCUUUACUCCAAUUCGUUUCAUAUAGUUGUUGAUAAUUUCGCUCUAGAGAAAUUAUUGAAACAUUUCAUAAAACUCGAAGAAUUUCCAGAAAAGGAACAUUUUAGCUCUGAUGAUUUAGCUUGCGAAGAUUCAUUCAAAGCAACUUACUCUAGGGAACCUUCAGGAAGGUAUAAAGUAGCUCUUCCUUUCAGAAAAGAUCCCUCCAAUCUAGGAGAUUCGUUCACUUCUGCUUUCAAAAGAUUUUUAACUUUAGAAAAGAGACUGUCCUCGUCAUUAGACUUAAGGGAGAAAUAUAGUGAAGUUUUUCGAGAUUACUUGAAUCAAGGUCACAUGAAAAAGUCUUCAACUUUAGAUGAAACUUUUGAUGUUUCUACUCUCGCACCGCACUAUUUCAUUCCGCAUCACGCUAUUUUUAAAAAUUCCACUACGACUCCGGUUAGAGUCGUAUUCGAUGCUAGCUUGAAAACAAAUCCAAAAUCCCUUUCGUUGAACGAUUGCUUGUUUGCGGGUCCUAGACUGCAAAUAGAUAUAGUGCAACUCUUUAUGAAUUUUCGAAUUUUCGAAAUAGCUAUCAUUGCUGAUUUAUGUCAAAUGUAUAGACAGAUGAAGUGGCUUUACGUAGGACGGAUUGCUGGAAAGGACGUUCCCGUAGAAUCUGUCAGGGAAUAUCUUACAGAAAUAAAUGGUUAUGAGGAAAUUAAAAUAAAAAAACUUGAGACUAAAGGUCAGGCGAGUCCACUCUUGGUAAUGUAG